AUGGUUGAAGCCUUCCCGACCAACUUGAGCAGCGAAAUGCAUAACGAUGCUAUUGGAUCUUCCCCUGUUAUGACCCUGUAUGACGAGUUUUUCGGCGUGCUCUCCGCCAUCUCGCCGACGUUUGAACAUUCCACAGAGGACAUAUUAUUUAUCGAACUUCCUUCGAAAUUCCAUUCCACAAUUCUCGAUCUUAUUCGAUCAUCAAAGGACAAGCUUUACAUUUCGUCGCUUUAUAUUGGGUGUAGCGCCACUAAGGGCGAUGACUUGUCCAAACAAAUAAUCUCGGCAUUGAGGGAAAAGCUUGCUACCACUGAAAACGAAAAUUUUACUUUAAAGAUCCUAGUUGAUGACACGCGUUCUGCACGAGCAUUGGAUAACUCUACGGUCGUCUUGGAGGCAUUGAAGGACGACUUUCCGCAUCUUCAAGUAGAGGUGCACCCGAUUGUUGUGUCUGAAUCUUUCUUUUCGAGAUCGAUGGGCAGGUUCUUUAGAAAAUCGGAGGCUAUCUCCAGACUCCAGCAUAUGAAAUACAUUGUGUCCGAUGACAACGUUUUGCUAACCGGAGCUAACCUUUCGGAAGAAUAUUUCAC